AUGUCUGCGACCGAUAAGAUCAAAGUGUUGGUAUUGGGCGACUCGGGAGUGGGCAAGUCAUCGCUGGUGCACCUCAUAUGUCAGGGACAGCCCAUCGCAAACCCCUUGUGGACAAUCGGCGCCACAAUUGAUGUCAAACUUCACGAGUAUAUGGAGGGAACUCCUGACCAGAAGACCAGUUUCAUCGAGUUGUGGGACAUCGGAGGCUCGAGAAGCCACUCAAUGGCCAGAAAUAUCUUCUACAACGGCUUUCACGGCAUAAUUCUGGUGCACGACUUGACCAAUAGUAAGUCUGAGGCCAAUCUUCGCAAAUGGUUGGGACACGUCUUCCACAACAAAGACCAGACCAUCAAAGAUAACAACACUUCGCUCAACACAAGCACUCUAUCGGCGGCUCUGUUUCCCGUGAAUCCGCCCAACGAUGAGAUCGACUUCGAUAGGGAGGCCUUCUUCGAGAGGAAUAUCCCUGUCUUAGUGGUGGCCACCAAACGAGACGCCGGACACAACUCCACUCAUCGCUCGUCUCAACGCAUGUCCUCUUUUGCUGAAGAGUGCGGCGCCGAACAGAUGGAAGUGGAUUGUCAUCAGAUCCGGAGUUUAGCCCCGGGAUCGACAAAUGCGGUCAAAUUGAGCCGAUUUUUCGAUAAAGUAUGCGAACGAAGACUUCAUAAUCACAACUCUUUCAACAAUUAUUUGGACAGAAAUCGGAGACAGUCUUCGCUUCACAGCAAUAAGUACUCGCAUAACGACUGA